CGCAGAUCUGUGAGACGGUAAAUAAACGGUGUUCUUGGCAGAGUUAUUAAAGAAAGUAGAAAAAUGCGACUAGUUAAUGCUUGUUAAGCUAGUGCACCUUGGAUAUAACUUCCUUCUGAACGCCAAUUAGUCUUCACAGCAGUAAUGUCUGGAUUUGGGCAAGAUGACGGGUUUUACAGUGGAGGUUAUGACAACCAAAAUCAAAACCAAGAUAUAAGCUAUGGACAGUCUGGGUAUGCCCAGGGUCAAGAUCCCCAGUUUGGUCAAUUUGAUUACAACCAGCAGGGCUACGGGGUGGACAGUAGCUACGGUCAGUCUAGUGGUCAGCCGGGCUACAACCCGUCCAUCCUCACACCUGACCAGUCUGCCUUUGCUGCUCCGCCAACUGGGGAUAACUACGAGGAUGAACCUCCACUCAUGGAAGAACUGGGUAUAAACUUUGACCACAUUGUGCAAAAGACAUUGGCAGUGCUAAACCCUCUGAAGCAGACAGACCACACUAUCAUGCAGGAUACAGACCUUGCCGGACCCCUUGUGUUUUGUCUUGCAUUCGGAGGAUUUCUUAUGCUGUCUGGCAAACUACAUUUCGGCUACAUAUAUGGUAUUGGCGUGGUUGGGUGCCUGGCAAUGUAUGCCCUCCUGAACCUGAUGUCUAUGACUGGGGUAUCUAGCGGCUGUAUCAUCUCUGUUCUCGGAUACUGUCUCCUCCCCAUGGUCAUCCUCUCAUUCUCCUCCAUAGUGUUUUCGCUACAGGGUUUACUUGGGAUCAUUUUGACAUCGGUGACGGUGAUGUGGUGCAGCGUAUCAGCCUCAAAGUUGUUCGUAUCGGCCCUUGAGAUGCACCAGCAACAGCUCCUCGUUGCCUACCCUUGCUGCCUUGUCUACGCCGUCUUCGCUCUUCUUACUGUGUUUUAGAGACCUUUUAUGUUUAAUCAUUAUAAUUAUGGAAUAAGGCUAUACUACAAUACUUAAGCUUUGUGAACAAUAAUAAGCUGUACAACACUGACAGAGCCAGAAAUGGUGUAAAGAUCAAGGAGAUAACUUAAGGUGUUGUUACUGAUUAUCUCUCUCCUUGUCAAACUGAUUCUUACAAUAUAUGGUCAGUACAAUUGAGUAUUAAUUGACUUAAUUAUAAUGUUUUUUAGAGGUCAAGUCGUGUUUCAAGAAAAAUUUUGGGUGCAAAGGCAAGUCCAAGUCUGUUUUUUUUAGUCCUUUACUCAAAAAUAUAUGCGACAUGCCUGAAAUAUUUUGAAAUUGUGCUACGGGUUAGUUUUCAAUCAUAAAAGUGGUUAUUUUCAAAUAUUGUACCAACAUUACAGACAUUUUGCAUUUUUUGUUUUGAACUUUGGUCAAAUUUCUCUCUUACUGUCAAUUUAUCAAAAGUUUAUAUGUUAAGUAUUCAUUUUUUUCAUUUCAGCUUGAUUGUUUUUUUGUUUUUUUUUGCAUAGUGGUUUAUUAAAUCCAUGUUACGUAAACAAAAUAACAAAGUGUCAAACAUUUCGAAGAAAAAAACAAAAGUACAAGUCACAUAUACUCCUAAAGUGGGGUUUGGCCUUUAAUCUCAUGACCUGAGUCAUGAGCUUCAGCUUGGUAGUUAGGAAUGGCUGAAAUUAAAAGAUUUGUUUAUUCUUAUACACUUUAUAAGUGAUUUUAACUUAAGCUUUUAACCUUGAAGUUUAAUCUGUUGUAUUAAAAUAUUCCUUUUUCCAACAGUGAAUAAAUUUCUUUGAAAUAGGAUAUUAUGACGAUUUUAAGCAAUAGGUUACUCAUUUUAUAUGUAAAUUAGAUCUGCAAAAGUAGAUAAACUGUUACAUUUGCAUGUUUGUGCCAAAGUUGUAUUUAUUUAUGAUUGGGCUUAAGUAGAUUUUCAGUCUGAAAAUGCUUGCUAUUAAGAAUACAAGUCUGCGCAUGUUAAAUGCUGCUGUUUCGAAUCAUUGUGUCAUGAUAUAUGAGCCGCUUACAGCAAUUGUGAUUAACUUCAGUUUAGCACCACAAAAUAAUUAUUGUAAAUUGUGGAAAAACAAGAGUGUUAAUAAUUGCAGAUUGGUCAAAUGGAAGACUGUUUAUUAGUGCAGAUUGGUACAUUACAUGACUUUUCUUUUUAACUUUAUCUUUGUAUGAAGUGCAUCAAAAACAAUUUUUCAACACAAAUUUAUAAUUUGAUGAAUUUUUGCAUUCUGAAAUUGUCCUUUGUUUAUAAAUGUUUUUAAGGUGUCAGCGAUGUUUUUUCAAAAUGCCUUUACUCUUCAGAACAUUAUUGUUACAUAUCAGAGCAAAACUCUAUUUGAAAGUACAUGUUCAAGUGAUUUAACAGCACAGUAGUCAUUUAAUGCUGUUUAAGUUUCAAUAAAAAGGAAACACAUCUUCAUUUUAUUUCUGUUCAUUUAUAUAAAAUAACGUUAUAAUAUAUCAGUCUGCAUGCAAAUGCAAAACAAUAUCGAAAUCGAAAGUAUCAUGCAAGUAUGUUUACAUUAUCAUGACAAUAAUUUCUGACCAAUAAAAUGUACAGAACUCAACAUAACUCUUUUUUCAUG